UGACCGAUUUUUGUUUUGUUUAUUUUUUUCUUUCUCUACUCAUGGAAGUUGAUUAUAUAAUGAACAAAUAUUCUUCGUCUCCAUAAACUUAUAUUCAUCUUCAAAACAUCAUGGCUAAAUCUAUUCAUGUGUUUAUGCUACUGGUACUACAUGUUCUUAUAUCUGCCUUGGCCUUGGCCAAUAAGGUUUCUUCAUUGAGCCAUGCUGAUGAGUGCUCUAUGUUACUCCAAUUCAAAGAGAACAUGUCUAUUAACAAUCAUUCAAAGGUUGCUUCGUGGAAAUCAGAUGGUGCGAGACGACAUUGCUGCUUAUGGGAUGGGGUCGAGUGCAGCUUAGGUCAUGUGAUCGGGCUCGACUUGAGCAGCAGCUUUCUAUCUGGCCCCAUCUCUUCCAACAACAGUCUCUUCAACCUCAUUCAUCUUCAUACGCUUAACCUUGCUGAUAACAAUUUUUGUUACUCUAAAAUUCCAUCUGGAAUAGGACGACUCUCACAGUUAGCAUAUCUGAAUCUGUCAUAUUCUGCCUUCAGUGAAGAGAUCCCAAAACAAAUCUCACAGCUUAGGAAUUUGGUUUCCUUGGAUCUAACAGGAAACUACGGGUUAAAGCUAAAGCUGCAAAGUUCCGACUUCCAAAAUCUUGUUCAAAAUUCAAGUGAGACUCUAAGAGAACUCUUUCUCUCAUGGGUCGACAUUGAUUCUGAACUACCUGAUAGCUUGGUAAAUUCCUCUUUGUUGACGUCACUGGUUAUUAGUAAUUGCGGGCUACGUGGUGAAUUCCCAACAAGUAUAUUUAACAUGCCAACACUACAACUUCUUGAUGUGCAAGGUAACUCCGACCUUACCGGCUAUAUCCCCGAGAUUCAUUGUAAUAGUGAACUUAAACAUCUGAUUAUAGCGGGAACACAUUUUCAAGGAUCCAUAUCAGCUUCAAUCGGGAAUCUCACACACUUGAACAUCUUGGAUAUAAGUAGUUGCGCUUUCACGGGGACUCUACCUGCAUCUAUAAGCAACCUAACACAGCUUAGAGAACUUCAUCUCAGUUAUAAUGGCAUGAUAGGUCAAAUACCAUCCUUUUUUUCAAAUCUGACACAGCUUACAUUGCUGGAUCUUUCUCAUAAUGAGUUCACUGGUAGCCUUCCGUCAUCUAUUGGGAAUCAGACACAACUUAGAGAACUUCACCUCGGUAAUAAUGGCAUGAUUGGUACAAUACCAUCCUCUUUUUCGAAUCUGACACAACUUACAUUGCUGGAUCUUUCUCAUAAUGAGUUCACUGGUAGCCUUCCCUCUUUAGAAAGGUUUGAAAACCUCACAGAUUUGAUCCUUUCCAAUAAUAAUUUUGAUAGAUGGAAGUUGCCUGAUUGGUUCGGUAAGCUAAAGAAGAUGACUUAUUUGGAUCUUGGUUAUGUCAAUCUAUAUGGUGAAAUUCCAUCAUCGUUUUUUAAUCUCACACAAGUUAAAAGCUUACACCUUUCUGGAAAUCAGUUAAAAGGAGAACUUCCAAGUUCAUUGCUCAAUCUCCAAAAUCUAGAAGAAUUUUAUUUGGAUGGUAACAAUGCCACCACAGACUUUCAUCUUUUUCUUUCUCUUAAGAAACUUAAAUAUCUGGAUCUACAUGGAAACAAUGUCACACUUUCGGUCAAAGAUAGCCAUACAAAUGAAACUCAACCGCAGUUUACAGCUUUAUGGAUGGAAUCCUGCAACUUGAAAGUCUUUCCUGAAUUUCUACGGUUUCAACAAGAACUAGAAUAUUUGUUCCUCAUUAACAAUAAAAUUGAGGGCCUGAUACCCGGAUGGAUGUGGAACAUUAGCAAAGAAACACUGAGUAUACUUUCACUUAGCCAAAAUCUCCUAAUUGGUUUUGAGCAACAUUCACCAGUCGCUUCUUGGGUUAGUUUAGAGACACUGGACCUGAGUCACAACAUGCUGACCGGAGAGAUUCCACCAUCCAUAUGUGACUUGUUGUAUCUUUCUUUGCUUGACUUGUCGUUCAACAACAUUACCGGCUCGAUUCCUCCUUGCUUGGAGAAAAUAAGCAAUUCUUUGGUAGUGUUGAAUCUUAGAAGCAACACUUUGCAAGGAACCAUACCCAACGUAUUCACCAAUGAAAGUAAGCUUGAGAUGAUCGAUUUAAGUGAAAAUAAUUUGGAGGGGCAGUUACCUAGAUCAUUGGAGAACUGUGAAUCACUCCAGUUCCUAGAUCUUGGACAUAACUUUAUAGAAGACAUAUUCCCCUUCUGGUUGGGAACACUUUCAAAGCUACAAGUUCUCAUUCUCAGGUUCAACAAAUUUCAUGGUAUUAUAAGAAUACCAAGUGACAUCAAUGUCAACUUCCCAUUGUUGCGCAUAAUUGACCUCUCAUACAAUUCAUUUUCGGGUGAUUUACCACAUCAGUAUUUUCAAGUGUGGUCAGCAAUGAAGGAGACCGAGGCCAAUCCAACAUAUAUGUCCAUGCCUCGGAUGUGGAAAGAUUAUUGGUUCUCGAUUCAGUUGACCAACAAAGGUGUAAAUAUGGAGUAUCAGAAGAUUAUAAAAACCUUUUAUGCAGUUGAUCUCUCAAGUAACAUGUUUAGAGGGAAGAUUCCAGAGUCUAUUAAAACCCUCACUGGUCUUCAGUUGCUCAACCUUUCCAAUAAUGAACUUUCAGGUGUCAUCCCACCCUCCAUGGGGAAUCUCAUACGUCUUGAAUCGCUUGAUCUUUCUAGUAACAAGCUUUCUAGAGUGAUACCUCAAGAAUUGGUACAACUGAAUUUCCUUGAGUUCCUAAAUGUAUCCAACAACAACCUCAUUGGACCCAUACCACAAGGUAGACAAUUCAAUACCUUUUCGAACGAUUCUUACAUGGGAAAUAAGGCGUUGUGUGGAAACCCUUUAUCCAUGAAAUGUGGGGAUGCAAAAGUGUCCGAGCCUUCAAAAGUUUCAUUCGAAGAAGACACUUUCCCCGAUGGAGUUGAUUGGGUUGUUAUACUUAUUGGUUUUGUAAGUGGGCUAAUAGUUGCACUCGUUUGUGGGGAUCAUGUAACCAGAAGGUAUUAUAAGUGGUUUCUUCAAAGAUUCAGAAAGUGAACAAGUUGAAGAUGGUGACCACUAUGAAAUGUUUGGAGUUAAUGAGUGCAUUGGAGGUACACGAUGAUAAGAAGAUAAUAUACAUAUGUUGUGAUAUUUAUGUUGCAUAAUGUUUCAGUUUUCUAGAAACAAUAAGGUAGUGUUCGUUUCAUAGAUUGUAAUGGAAUUGGAAUGGGAAUUCACGUAGAAAUUGAAAUUUGAUUUGUAAUUUAGGUGUGUUUGUUUUGCAAAAUGGAAUAAAAUUUGGAUGAAAUUAGAAUGUA